CUAGCUAACCACUACCACUAAAACAAAGAGAGUCCUUUAUUCUAACCUUUCACUUUAGAAAGUUAGGGAACUGCUGCCAUGUUGAUGGCUAGGAACAUGGGUUCCUAUGAUGUUCCAGAGGGAGUGGACAUUAGAGGGAGAUUUGAUGAGGAGUUUGGUAAAAUUCUCACAAGGGAUGCACUUCAGUUUGUUGCUGACUUGCAGAGGGAGUUCCGGGGCCGGAUCAGGUAUGCAUUGGAGUGUCGCCGGGAGGCAAAGAAGAGGUACAAUUCUGGGGAGCUUCCGGGGUUUGAUCCGGCCACAAAGUUUAUUAGGGAAGGGGACUGGGUGUGUGCUCCGGUACCGCCGGCCGUCGAGGACCGGACCGUGGAGAUCACUGGGCCUGUAGACAGGAAGAUGAUCAUCAAUGCACUCAACUCUGGGGCCAAAGUCUUUAUGGCUGACUUUGAGGAUUCACUCUCACCAAGUUGGGAGAACCUGAUGAGAGGCCAUGUCAACCUUAGAGAUGCUGUAAAUGGGACUAUAAGCUUCCAUGACCAGGCCCGGAACAGGGUCUACAAGCUCAACAACAAGAUCGCCAGGCUCUUUGUCCGGCCGAGGGGCUGGCACUUGCCAGAGUCCCAUAUCCUCAUCGACGGUGAACCGGCGACCGGCUGCCUUGUGGACUUUGGGCUCUACUUCUUCCACAACCAUGCCACCUUCCGGGCCACCCAAGGGGCCGGCUUUGGACCUUUUUUCUAUCUCCCCAAGAUGGAGCACUCAAGGGAGGCCAAAAUAUGGAAUUGUGUGUUCGAGAGGGCCGAGAAGUUCGCCGGAAUAGGACAGGGGAGCAUCAGGGCUACGGUCCUGAUCGAGACUCUUCCGGCGGUGUUUCAAAUGAAUGAGAUCCUCCAUGAGCUGAGGGACCACUCCAUUGGGCUGAACUGUGGAAGAUGGGACUACAUCUUCAGCUAUGUCAAGACCUUCCAAGGCCACCCGGACCGCCUCCUCCCCGACCGGGUGCAGGUGGGGAUGACUCAGCACUUCAUGCGGAGCUACUCCGACCUCCUCAUCCGCACCUGCCACCGUCGCGGUGUUCACGCCAUGGGUGGCAUGGCGGCGCAAAUUCCGAUCAGGGAUAAUCCAGCAGCCAACGAAGCAGCUCUGGAGCUGGUGAGGAAGGACAAGCUGCGAGAGGUCCGAGCAGGCCAUGAUGGCACAUGGGCUGCUCACCCGGGCCUCAUUCCAGCCAUCUUGGAAGCGUUCGCCAGCAACAUGGGCAACAAGCCUAACCAGAUUCAGACAGCAGAGAGAGAGGAUGCAGACUGCAUUACUGAAGAGGACCUCCUGCAGAGGCCCAGAGGUGUGAGGACAAUGGAGGGCCUCCGGCUGAACACCAGGGUCGGAAUCCAGUACAUUGCAGCCUGGCUCACCGGGACCGGAUCGGUGCCACUCUACAAUCUCAUGGAGGAUGCAGCAACCGCAGAGAUCAGCAGGGUUCAGAACUGGCAGUGGCUGAAAUAUGGGGUGGUUCUGGAUGGAGAAGGGGUGAAGGUUAAGGUGACACUGGAUCUCUUUGCAAGGGUUGUGGAGGAAGAGAUGGCGAAGAUCGAGAGGGAGGUCGGAGCAGAGAAGUUCGGCCGUGGCAUGUACAAAGAGGCCUGCGAGAUCUUCACCAAGCAAUGCACUGCCCCGGAACUGGAUGAUUUCCUGACCUUGGAUGCUUAUAACAAGAUCAUAGUCCACCACCCCAAGGGUGAGAGGCCUAUUGGCUUAAGCUAUUAGCAGAUCUGAGCUACCGUUGGCAUAUAUAUUGAGGCUGCUUCAUCAAAAAAAAGGGACCUAAAGCCAAUUUGUUUAUAUUAAAAAGUAAGGUCUUUUAGCUGUAGAAGUUGUUACAUUACUAGCAUAGACAGAGUAUUGCCUGUAUCAAAAGAUGUCAAAUGUGUGUUUACAAAUUAUAACGAACUACUUUUAUGUACCAUAAGAUAAUGGAUUAAAGUGAACCUUGUUUUAAAUUUGGAUAAAAUUUAGCUUGCUCUGUUUGAUC